ACUGGGGGRAAAAAAAUCAUCGGGAUCCGGAGCGAACUCGGCCGAGUCCGACGCGUUUAAACCGUCUUUUUUAAAGCGUUUCUCUGUUGUUGCGAACAGACACGAACACCCACCCGCGACCAUAACGGAGGUGCUGGACUUCAGGGGGUCGGUAUGGGGGAGUACGCCGCGUUUCUGCUCAUGUUGGCGGCGACCUUGACGCUUCAGUCCGAGGUGCCUGUAGAUGACGCCGUGGGUUUGCUAACUGAGCCCCAGGUGGCCAUGUUCUGCGGGAAGCUCAACAUGCACAUCAAUGUUCAGACUGGGAAAUGGGAGUCAGAUCCCCUCGGCACCAAAAGCUGCAUUGGCACCAAAGAGGGCAUCCUGCAAUACUGCCAGGAGGUGUACCCAGAGCUACAGAUCACUAAUGUAGUAGAGGCCAACCAACCCACCAGCAUUCCAAACUGGUGCAAGGCACGCCAGAAGCAGUGCCCCAGUCACACACACAUCGUGGUGCCGUACCGCUGUCUGGUUGGAGAGUUUGUGAGUGACGCCCUGCUCGUUCCUGACAAGUGUAAGUUUCUGCACCAGGAGAGGAUGGAUCAGUGUGAGAGCCACCUGCACUGGCACACCGUGGCCAAAGAG